CAUUUUUUUCCCCCAAUGCCGGUCCCCAGCAGGCAUAUAACUAUCGGUCGAUCUCAGAGCUGGGACGCUGCCGGCUGGUACGAGGGCCCCUGGGAGAUCGCUGAGGCUCCGGGGAGGAGAAGCGCCCUGACGGACAGAGGCGGAGAGGGACCUUGGUACGAGCGGCCGAACCCUGGGCUGCAGGAUGUCACCAUGCCCGGGGCCGCCGAGCCCUGCCUCUACCGGGAGGCCUUCUACAACUCGGUGGCCGGAAGGAAGAGCUCCGUUCCCGACUUUGCCUUUUACGACAGCAGACAGGCGGUGAUGUCAGCUCGCGGGGCCCUGCUGCCGCGGGAUUACUACAGCGACCCGGCCGGAGCCGCCCGGGCCGCCAGAGAGCCUCGGCACCAUCACGACCCGGGAGCUGGCCAGCUGCUGCCCGGUUAUGGAGCGCUGGGCAGCAGGAUGACAUGGGAGCCAGUGCAAGGCCGGGCCCCUGUCCUGCAGGACACCGGUCACCUGUACCGGGAUCCCGGAGGUAAAAUGAUCCCUCAGGGGCAGCGAUCGCAGAGCGGGGCCCCAUCGCCUGCGCGGUACUCUGGGGAGCUGGCUGACAGCAGGUUUGGGGCGGAGGUGCCCGCCUACCCUGCCAGCCAGGUCUACAGCGAUGUGGGCGAGAGGCCUGUGGAUUCCGCCACCGCUACCAGGCAGGCGGCCCCCACAUGCCUGGUCGUGGACCCUGGAGCGGCUGCUGCUUCCGAGGUCAGCCUGGGAAUAGCCCCGGGCGCCCUGAACCAAGGCUACGGACCUGCCCGGGAAGGCGUCUACCCCAGGACGGCUUCUGAGAAUUGUGAGGCCGACCUGUCUGCCUUCCCGGGGCCCGGCGGCAGCAAGAGGAGCGCGAUGCCCGAGUUCCUGGCCUUCCUGAGGGCGGAGGGCGUGGCGGAGGCCACGCUGGUGGCCCUGCUGCAGCAGGGCUUCGACUCCCCGGCUGUCCUGUCCACAAUGGAGGACGCGGACAUCAAGUGCGUGGCGCCCAACCUGGGCCAGGCCCGCGUCCUGAGCCGCCUGGCCGGCAGCUGCAGGACGGAGAUGCAGCUGCGCAGGCAGGGCCGGGGAGGCUCCCUGCCCCGGACGCGCUCCAGCAGCUUGAGCCACCGAAGCGAGCUCCACGGUGACUUGUCUGGUCUGGACGCCUCAGCCCUGCGGCCCCAGCCGGCGGGGCCCGUGCAGGCAACCUCCCCCCACGCUGCAGAUCCCGCUCGCCGCCCCUCCAGCGCGCCAUCCCAGCAUCUCCUGGAGACCGCGGCGACCUACUCUGCCCCGGGGGUGGGCGCCCAAGUCCCCCACCUUCCCUCCAACUCCGGGUACAGCUCUCCCACCCCUUGCGCCCUGACAGCGCGGCUGGGCCCUACGUACCCCCCGCAGGCCGGGAUGGCCUUGACUAACCCGGGCCCUGCCACCCCGCUGCAGCCAGGCCCCAGAACUGCCUACUCCACGGCGUACACGGUGCCCAUGGAGCUGCUGAAGCGGGAGCGCGGCGCGGUGGCGUCUCCCCUGCCUAGCCCCCACGGCAGCCCCCAGCUCCUGCGGAAGCCCGGCGUCCCCCUGGAGCCCUCCACCCUGCUGCCGGCCAGCCAGAGCCUCCACACGCCCCACUCGCCCUACCAGAAGGUGGCCCGGCGGACGGGGGCCCCCAUCAUCGUGUCCACCAUGCUUGCACCGGAAACAAGUAUCCGCCCCCAGAUCAUGAACGGCCCCCUGCACCCGCGCCCCCUGGUGGCGCUGCUCGAUGGCAGAGACUGCACCGUGGAGAUGCCCAUCCUGAAGGACCUGGCCACCGUGGCCUUCUGUGACGCACAGUCCACUCAGGAGAUCCACGAGAAGGUGUUAAAUGAGGCUGUCGGCGCCAUGAUGUACCACACCAUCACCCUCACCAGGGAGGACCUGGAGAAGUUCAAGGCCCUGAGAGUGAUCGUGCGGAUAGGCAGCGGCUACGACAACGUCGACAUCAAGGCUGCAGGCGAGCUCGGGAUCGCCGUAUGCAACAUCCCAUCCGCGGCAGUGGAAGAGACGGCCGACUCCACCAUCUGCCACAUCCUGAACCUGUACCGGCGGAACACGUGGCUGUACCAGGCGCUGCGGGAAGGCACGCGGGUGCAGAGUGUCGAGCAGAUCCGGGAGGUUGCCUCGGGGGCAGCCCGCAUCCGCGGGGAGACGCUGGGCCUCAUUGGCUUCGGUCGCACGGGGCAGGCGGUUGCCGUUCGAGCCAAGGCCUUUGGAUUCAGCGUCAUAUUUUAUGACCCCUACUUGCAGGAUGGGAUAGAGCGGUCCCUGGGCGUGCAGAGGGUCUACACCCUGCAGGACUUACUGUAUCAGAGCGACUGCGUCUCCUUGCACUGUAAUCUCAACGAACAUAACCACCACCUCAUCAAUGACUUUACUAUAAAGCAGAUGAGGCAAGGAGCAUUCCUAGUGAACGCGGCCCGCGGCGGACUGGUGGAUGAGAAAGCCUUAGCCCAAGCCCUCAAGGAAGGCAGGAUACGAGGGGCGGCCCUCGACGUGCACGAAUCGGAGCCUUUCAGCUUUGCUCAGGGUCCCCUGAAAGACGCACCGAAUCUCAUUUGUACGCCCCACACGGCCUGGUACAGUGAGCAAGCCUCACUGGAGAUGAGGGAGGCGGCCGCCACCGAGAUCCGCCGGGCCAUCACAGGUCGCAUCCCAGAGAGCUUAAGAAACUGUGUGAACAAGGAAUUCUUUGUCACAACAGCUCCCUGGUCAGUAAUAGAUCAGCAAGCAAUUCAUCCAGAGCUCAAUGGUGCCACUUACAGAUACCCGCCAGGCAUCGUGGGCGUGGCUCCGGGAGGACUUCCUGCAGCCAUGGAAGGGAUCAUCCCUGGAGGCAUCCCGGUAACCCACAACCUCCCCACGGUGGCACACCCCUCCCAAGCUCCCUCUCCCAACCAGCCCACAAAACACGGGGACAAUCGAGAGCACCCCAACGAGCAAUAGCAGAGAGUGACGGAAGGUCAUCGUUCAGAACACCUGGGACCAAGAGACAGUGAAAACUAGAUGAACUACGAGGAAAGGAAUUUGACGGUCUUUUUAACGGAUUCUGGACAUACGCAUCAUUGAUGUUGCAGUGUUAAAACUACAAAAGAGCUCGAAGCCAAGACGCGGGAAAACUGAAGAUGUCGUCUGCUUGCGGAAGCGCUGAAAAAGACUAGGACGUGAUUUAUUAACGACCAACUUCUGUUAUUGUGUGUUAAGUUUUUCAUCUGUGCAUCAAAUCACAAAGAAUAAAUAGAUCUUUUUCCUUUAUCAGUCCCUUGGACACAGCAGGUCCUGAACACCUUGCUCUAGAAUGUUGCAUCAGGAGUUCCAAACAAACAUCAAAAUAAAAAAUAUUAAGAGGAAAUCCCCACCCUGUGACUCUAGUCCCUUCGGUCCUCGGGGGCUGGUGACCUCUUUUGCUAAUAGGAAGAUUGAUUAAAUUACUACAAAAUGGGGAGAAAACUGUUUGCCUGUGUUAGACAACCGCGAGCAUAAGAGUGAAGACAGUACAGGCUCCUGUACAGAGAAGUCUCUCCCAUCUGAACUGCAUACUGAGCGGGCAAGUUGGUUGUGAGUUCAGUAAAAACCCUCUGAUGAUGCAAAAAAAAAAAAAAAAAAGUAUUAAGUUUCACAAGCUGUUUGUACUCAAAUAUAUUUUCUCAGUUUCAGAUCCUCAGCUAUUUUAUUGAGUGGAAAGUCUUGAACUGAAAGCGUUCAAGAAGAAUAAUGUUGCAUUUCCUUAUGUCUCAGGAAACACUUUUUAUGGUAACUUGUCAGAUUGUCUAUGAACAAACCCACUUUUUUAGACAUUGAUAAAGUCUUCUUUUCUUCACGUGAUAUUUUAUACAAGAACACUUCAGGUGUGUUAUUAGAUGUGACUGAUUUUAACAAAUCCUAUUAGAUUUGUAUCAACUAGUUACAUGUUAUAUUCAUAGUCUUUUGUGAAUCAUCGCCUUUUUGUUUAAAAGAUGGCCUAUUUUGAGCCUUUGUAUAGGUACAUUCCUGUUUUUGUGACAAAAAAAACCUUUAAAACUGUCCCAAACAGAAAAAUAAUGGCUAUCAGAAAUGUUUUGUUUUAGUGUGAGUUACCGUUACUGUAUUUGUUUAUUGUAAAGGUGGACAUUUAGCGUUCAGUGCAGUUUUCAAUAAAAAGUAAUAAAAAUUUCUGUUAAGCUCUGAAAUUCAAGUACAA